AUUCAAUAUACGAGACUUUUAUUUUGGAUAGAUAGAGUAUUUUCAUACCAAAACUGUAAGAAACUUUUUCCAUUCCAUUUUAAUGGAGGUCUUAAGAUUAUACUUUUUGAAACUAAAGGAGCAUUUAGAUAAUUUAAACUUUAAAGUUAUCCACCCAAUAAAUAAAUACUCUUCUUCGGCUGAGCUCUGAGUUCCAUUUCAUACAUUAGUACCGUCAGUUUUUCAGUUGACAAUCCAAAACUCAACAUGAAAGUUUGAAACAGAGCUCAAGAAAAGAGAAGAGUGAAAAAAAUGUCAGUUCCAGACGCAGCAGUGGGUUUUCUGUUAGAGAAUCUCAGCCAAACUCUAACAUAUAAUCACCACUUAAUCGUUGAUGCAAAGGAGAAUGUCCAAACACUUCGUCAAGAGCUUGAGACUCUCAAAGGUCUAAUGAAGGAUUACAAGAAAUACAAUCACGACAGUGAUUACCUCAAGGAAUUGGUCAACGAGAUCCGGAACAUCGUCGACGAAGCCGAGGAUGCGGUUGACACUUACCUCGUACAGGCUGCGGUUCAGAAAUCCCAAACUUGGAUCAAGAAAGCCUUCCACAUCUUCGAUUAUCCUAAGAAACUCAGAGAUGUUGGGCUGCAGAUCGAGAAAGUGAGUACUAAGAUAAGGGAUAUGAAUCAGGAUAAGGUCAGGAAUGGUUUUGAGGUCCUGCAGCAUCAAGCAAUUGCCAGACUUAAUCAAACUCCAGCGGCUAAUAAAGAGGCUCCCACCGUUGAGGAAGAACAUGUUGUGGGAUUUGAUGGGGCAGCUGAAGCAGUAAGCAAACUUUUGACAGGAGGACCACAACAUUUUGAAGCCAUUUCAAUUGUUGGGAUGUUAGGACUCGGGAAGACAACCCUUGCUAAAAAGGUUUUCAAGGACCCGAAUGUUGAUUAUGAGUACAUGAUUCGGGCAUUUGUCUAUGUUUCGAAGGAAUACGAGAAAAGGGAAGUGUUGUUAAAAAUUCUGAGUUCAUUCGCACAUUUAACUGAUGAGGUAAACAAGAUGUCCGAUGAACAAUUGGAGAAGUACGUGUACAAUCAGUUGGAAGGGAAGCAGUAUUUGAUUGUAUUAGAUGAUAUUUGGGAAAAAGAAGAUUGGAAUAUACUCAAACGUGCUUUUCCUAACAACGAUAAACGUUGUAGAGUGCUGAUAACUACUCGCCAUGUAAAAGUGGCAGAGUAUGCUAAUCCGAGAGGCGAAUAUUACAAGUUAGACUUCUUGCCAUUUGACAAGAGUCAGGAGUUACUCCGGUGGAAAGUUUUUGAAAAUAAUUGCUGCCCUGAUGAAUUGCAGGAGUAUGAGGUAAAAAUUUUGGAGAAAUGCGAUGGUUUGCCUUUGGCAAUUGUGGUUAUUGCAGAGUUAGACACAUAUCGCCGUCUUUGCAUCAACAAUGUCAAUGUUCCUGAGUAUAUUUCUGAAAGAAUUUCAGGUAAGCGGGUUCGCUCUUUUUUAACAUUUGCCAAAGAGGAAACAACUGUUGAACUUAACCUUGUUUCUUCAAUCCCAAGAGCCUUCAAGCUUCUUAGGGUGUUGGAGAUGCAAUCACUCAUUUUCACUCGUUUUCCUGCUGAAUUGUGCAAUCUUGUUCUCUUGAAAUACGUAGCCAUUUCUUCUAACUUUUCAAGCCUUCCUCCAGCAAUGUCUUGCAUGUGGAAUAUGCAAACUCUUAUAGUAAACACAACAUCCCGUCGCCUUGAAAUUAAAGCAGAUAUAAGAAAUAUGCCACAAUUGAGGCACUUGCAUACCAAUGCAUCCACCACUUUAUUUUUCGAUCCCAAACACCACAAAAGUAGAGAAGAUGCUUUCAUAGGUAAAAAUCUUCAAACCCUAUCUACUAUCUCGCCUGAGAGUUGCAAAAGAGAAAUUUUUGAGAUGACCCCCAAAAUAAAGAAAUUGGGUAUUUGCGGAACAUUAUCCAAGCUUUUCAAGGUUAGUGGUGAAUCAAGUUUGUUUGGCAGUCUUCGCAAGUUAGAAUCCCUGGAGAACUUGAAAUUAUUAAAUGACGAUAUAACCUCCACAUUGUAUAGCUUACCUUCAGAGAAAAGCUUUCCCAAACAGUUAUCAAAGCUCACUUUACAAAAUACCCUACUGGGUUGGUCAGAGAUGUCCACACUAGGUAAGCUAGAGAAGCUUGAAGUCCUGAAGUUGAAAGACAAUGCAUUCCAAGGGAAGUUGUGGCAGACUGAAAAGGGAGGAUUUCUCCGGCUCAAGCACUUGUACAUUGGACGCACGGAUUUGGUGUCUUGGGAGGCCUCAGUAGAUCACUUUCCUAAACUCAGGAGUCUUGAACUCAAUAAUUGCGAUAAGCUUAAGGCAUUCCCACAUGGUCUGGCGGACAUUCCUACCCUUCAAAUGGUAGUUCUUCAUUGCACCAAUCCUUCAGUGGCUUCCACAGCUAGGAGACUUCAGGUGUUGAAGUUAGCACAGGCACAGAAAAGCAACAAAAACAGCGGCUUUAAGCUUUCGAUUUAUCCUCCAGAGCAUUGAUUCUGAAGUGAACUGGUGAUGAAGUGCUUCUUUGGCAGGUUCACAAGUUAGAUUUCGGUCAAUCUUUUCUUCCUGUUUAAAAGUUGGAGCUGCAUUUAUUAAUUCCUUCUUUUUUUUUGUGUGUGUGUGUUCAACCCUUUUCAGACCAUUCAAUGUGGAGCAGUGAUCUUUUGGCCUUGGGACAC